AUGGAAAACAGCAGUGGAGUUCCGAAUCCGAGCAGCGAGAGCAUUGAGGAUUCCAAAGCCGUUGCGACGGUCGAGCAUGGCGCGUGGCAGAGCACGAUAUACGCGCCUCAUAUCGGUUACAAAUUCGCGGAACUGUAUUACUCCGUAAUGCGUGUGGCACCCAGGUACGCCAACGAGUUUUACAACGAGCGCGGCCACUACCGGACGGUCUACGCAGACGGGUCGGCGUCCGUCGCGAGGACCCGGCUACAUGUAAAAGGCAGUUUGACGCGUCCCAUGUCCGCGUCCGAAUUAAUAGUUAAAUCUAUUAUUUCGAUGCCCUGCGGCGGGACGUCUGGCGGCCUGAUGGUCACCGUGAUCGGUGAGCGGUUCACGCAAGUAUUCGUCGUAAAGUACCGUCCAGAUCGGAUGUCGGGUUACGCCAUUGUGGCGUCUCUGACACGGUACAUUUCUGCCGGACCGGCCGCCGACCACCAGACUCCCGUAGUGACUUUCGCUGCCGAUGACUGCCGGGCUAUCACCGGCGCCGCUCGUGCGCCAGCGUUGGUUUAA